AUGCGGCGAGGCGAGAGGAGAAGCCACGGCGGGGCGCUGAGCAAGGCCGCCCUGGAGGAGCAGCCCGACGGUGGGGUGAUGGAGGCGCCCCCGGGCUCCCGCGGAGACUCGCCGCCCGCGGCCCCUGGCAGCGCCGCCCCCGGGCUCCGCCGCAGCACCGAGUCCGAGGUGUACGACGACGGCACCAACACCUUCUUCUGGAGAGCUCACACCUUAACAGUCCUGUUUAUCCUCACAUGUGCGCUGGGAUAUGUAACCUUGCUUGAAGAAACUCCACAAGAUACAGCCUACAAUACAAAGAGAGGUAUUGUUGCCAGUAUUUUAGUUUUCUUAUGUUUUGGAGUCACUCAAGCUAAAGAUGGACCAUUUUCAAGACCACAUCCAGCUUACUGGAGGUUUUGGCUGUGUGUCAGCGUUGUGUAUGAGCUCUUCCUCAUCUUUAUACUUUUCCAGACUGUACACGAUGGCAGACAGUUCAUGAAAUACAUUGAUCCAAAUUUAGGAGUUGCCUUGCCAGAAAGAGACUAUGGUGGGAACUGCCUUAUUUACGAUCCGGGCAACAAGACUGAUCCAUUUCACAAUGUCUGGGACAAACUGGAUGGAUUUGUUCCUGCUCACUUCCUUGGCUGGUACCUAAAAACGCUAAUGAUUCGGGACUGGUGGAUGUGUAUGAUCAUCAGUGUAAUGUUUGAAUUUCUGGAAUAUAGUCUGGAACAUCAGCUUCCAAACUUCAGUGAAUGUUGGUGGGAUCAUUGGAUAAUGGACGUAAUCCUAUGCAAUGGAUUUGGGAUUUAUUGUGGAAUGAAAACUUUGGGAUGGCUUUCUUUGAAAACGUAUAAAUGGCAAGGACUUUGGAACAUUCCUACGUACAAAGGUAAAAUAAAGAGAAUGGCUUUCCAGUUCACACCCUAUAGCUGGGUCAAAUUUGAGUGGAAGCCAGCAUCCAGCCUGCGCAGAUGGCUAGCAGUUUGUGGCAUCAUCUUUGUAUUUUUAUUGGCAGAGCUGAACACAUUUUACUUGAAGUUUGUCCUGUGGAUGCCACCAGAACACUACUUGGUCCUGUUACGACUUGUCUUCUUUGUCAAUGUGGGAGGUGUGGGCAUGAGGGAGAUCUACGACUUCAUGGAUGACCCGAAGUUCCAUAAGAAGUUGGGUCAACAGGCCUGGCUAGUUGCUGCUAUCACAGUCACAGAGUUUCUGAUUGUUGUGAAGUACGACCCUUACACCCUAAUGCUGUCCCUUCCUUUCUACAUUACCCAGUGCUGGAUACUUGGAAUCAUACUUGUGCUCACCUGGACAAUAUGGCGCUUUUUCAUUCGUGACAUUACCUUGCGGUGUAAGGAGAUAAGACGACAACAGCAAGAGCACAAAUCUGAAAAGGACAAAUGCUUAAGCAACGGUGAUGGACAUUCUCCAGUACCAGAUGAACAAAACGGGAACAAACUGAGGGAAAGAAAAUUUUGA